UAGCGGAGGAGGCGUGUGCGAGCAGCAGCCACAGCAGAGUCUACCACGACCUCCCAGCACACACACUCACACACACAAACGCACGCACGCCCUCAUCCCUGCCCGCCCGCCCGGCCCUAUCUGAGGUGCCCGAGCCACGGUCCGUCGCCGCCAGUGUGUGCCGCGCCUCGCCGCUGAUAACACGCUCCUUCUCCCUCCCGUGACCAGCACCCUUCAAGAUGGCCCACACGCGCUGCCUCUCGCUGCCGCUGGCACUCCUCCUGGCCGUCGGGGCCCUCUGCGUGGGGGCCAGGACGGUCUACCCGAGCGGGGGAUGCGACCCGCAGAAAAUGACUGUGUACAAAGUGCUUGUGGAGACGGCGUGGGACAGAGAAGUGUUCCCGAAGCAGUAUCCUGAAUGGCGACCCCCGGCGCAGUGGUCCAAAGUCGUGGGACGUUCCCACGACUCCACCUUCUCGCUGUUCACCCUGGGAGAGGACGCGUCGGAAGGCCUCAAGAAGUUCGCCGAAGCGGGAGACACGAACCUCCUCGACGCCCACAGCCAAGGAUCCGGGGGCGUCCUCGAUGAAUUCAAUGCUCCUCCGAUCCCACAGGGCGUUGGGGAGACGUCAGCUGACUUCUUCGUUGAUGGGAAUCACUCAAAGGUGUCGCUGAUCUCCCGCGUGGUGCCUUCUCCUGAUUGGUUCAUCGGCGUGGAUUCCUUCGACCUCUGCGUGGAAGGGAAGUGGGUGGAGUCAGUCGUGCUUGAGCUGGACCCCCUCGAUGCCGGCACAGACAACGGAUUUACCUUCACGUCACCGAACUGGCCGACCAUCCCGAAGAAGCCUGUGAGCCGAAUUACCGCCCAGACGCCCGACCACCCUGCCAACUCCUUCUACUACCCCGACCGCACGGAGCACCCGCCCAUCGCUACUAUUCGCAUCUUCAAGAUCAAAGAGUACGAGCUGGCGCGUGUGUACAACCCUUCCCUCGGCCGAUCUCCCGAGCGCCGCUACCGCACAGGAAGCAUUCCCACGACCCCAGAGCUCGAGGAGAACCGAGACCAAGAAGUGAGUAACGAGAUCUUCCCAGCUACCGGCCUUACCACGCCUACUACUACCACCACCACUACUACUACGGAGGUCCCCAAGCAUGCACUCAUCAACACCAUUGUUGACAAAUACAGGAAGAAGUUUAGAAAGAACAGGAAUGGCAGAAAAAUGGCAACUCGCCGAAGACGUGUACGCGGGCCUCGUGAUUGCCGUGUGAGCGAAUGGUCCGAGUGGUCCUCCUGCAGCAAGACCUGUGGCAUCGGUGACCAGAUCCGCACCCGAACUGUCCUGAGGCACUCGAGACGCGGAGGCCGACCUUGCCCCAACCUGCAGGAGACCCAGUGGUGUGGAUCCUCAAGAGAUUGCGACCACAGAUAUUUCAACUGGUAGACUACGAUUUGGAAGACAAGGAAGACGAAGAGAGAAUAAAUGAGUGAGUGAGUGAGAGAGAGAGAGAGAGAGAGAGAGAGAGAGAGAGAGAGAGAGAGAGAGAGAGAGAGAGAGAGAGAGAGGCUGACUGACUGCCUGUAUUAUAUUCUAUGUUAAUCAUAUGAUAAUAAUAGCAAAUUAGUGCGCAUUCAAACCUACACGUCCAUGUAAUUUUUAGUAAGUGAGAAAACAACAACAACAACAACAAUUUCAUUUUGCAUAUUUAAGUUUGAUUAACAAGCGAAAGGGUUUUUUGAAAAUGAAUAAAUAAUAAUAGUAUGUUAAUUCGGCUCACCAGUGAUUUUAAUAGAGUAUCGUUAACAUGUUUGGGAAAUUGUAUCAUGAAGUGCCAAAUAGAAAUUCCUUUGAAAAUGACUUUUGUAAAUUAAUUGUCACAGUUGUUAAUAGGUAUGCACAUUUCUGUGUCAUUUAUACGAGCAGAUAUUGUAUUAAUAAUUCUAUAUUAAUUAUAUCAGGAAAAUGUAGAUAUUUUUUAUUGAUAUUGUUAAUAAAUAGUUUUUUUAAUAAUAAUUUUAAAUCUUAUAUAGCAGGCUGGUAGUAGAUAUAUGUCAGCUAUAACCGCCGAUGAAUAUGUAGUAUCGAUACCUACACUGGUGAUAAUAAUCCUAAUCGUAGCCGGAUUAUAGAGAAAAGUAUGUACGUAAAUCCACUUCUGAUGCAUUGUGGAAGUGGGUGUGCAAAGCCCCUAGACUUUCACGCGCUGAUCCUUCUGAUGAAAACGAAUUUCUGGGGGAGAAAUGACUGACUCUGUAAAGGCACUGUUUAAUUGUGAUCUCUAAUAGUAAUAUUUUUUUUUUUGUUUAAAUCUAAUCUUCCUUUUUUUUCAAGGGAUUUCAGUAUCAAAAUCAAAAGAACUCUUAUCGCCAUGCGGAUAACGAGCAUUCAACAAUUUAUUUUUGAAUUUGAUUUACAUUGUUCUGACAUUUAAUGACUAGUUUGUUUGCCAAUAUUUCUCUAAACCCGAAACAGGUAUACAAGUGUAAGUAUAACAUUAUACACACACACACACACACACACACACACACACACACACACACACACACACACACACACACACACACACACACACACACACACACACACACACACAGGUACAUAUAUACAGAUGCAUACAUACAUACAUGUGUACACACACACACACACACACACACACACACACACACACACACACACAUAUAUAUAUAAGCACAUAUAUAAGCAUUUAUAAGCACAAGUAUACAAGUUUAACUUUUGCAGAAAUUUAGGCAACUUAAAACGAUUUCUUGCCAUCUCACAGAGACCCGUAUUUCGCUUGUAUAUAGCCCCUGCAUUGAAACCACCGAGAGUGCUGCAGCCAAUACGUUUUAGAAGUCCUAACGAGGCCUGCAGUCACAUGUCCCCUUCUGUUCCCCUGUGUGUAGAAUCGUUAGUGUUAGCUGAACUCUGAGAGAAAAAAAAGAACAAUUUUGAUUUUUUUUUUUCUAUCUGAAUUGAAUCGGUUGCUGUUUUAAUAAAAAUGGUUACCAUUAUUUUAUACAAUUGGGCAAUGAGUAACGAUCAGACACUUAGUGUUCUGCAUAUAGGGUUUUCUAUGUAAUUUCCUUCAGCACGGACAUUUCAAACGGUUUCCACUGAGCUUAUAAGCUGAAACUUCUCUCCACAGCACCACUUCUUCCUUCCUCCAAAAGUUGACUCAAAUUAUUAUCAUCUUUAUCGUUAUUUUCUUGUAGCCCAAUAGCCCACCAAAACUCGAAUCUCGGUCUGUAAUUUUCUUCCAUGCUUCGUUCUUUCUUCCUCCGAACGAGUAUGAUUUUCCUCUUCAUGUAUAUUGUACAUAAAGUCCAAUUUAGCUUAAGUGCUUUGUGAAUAUUCGAAGGUUUAAACGUCACUUAAUACACACUUAUACGUUAACACAGGAAUAGACAAAUUAUAAUAAUGUAAUCAAAGAUAAUGGAGAAGAGAACUGCUGUUUGUCUUCAGAUAUUAAUGUACUUUUAAAUACUAAGAAAAAAGAACAUCCAUUUUAUAUAUAUUGUGAUCUUUGGGAAUGGAAAAGGGCGGAAUAGUUUAUAUGGAAUCAUGAAUACCUUUUUUAUUUUCUUUUUUUCUCAAAAUUAAAAGAAAGUAGAAGAGUAUAUACAGAGAAUAAAGAGAUUUGUUCUAAAAUAUUCAAAGAUCCGUAUGUUAGAAAAAAUAUCCCAUGAUCACAAUGUGUGCCUGUUAAUGCUGAGAGAGAGAAACUGUGUAUGAUGUUGGAAUCAGCUGUUUUGGUGCAGUUGAAUGGUAUCAAAAUUUUUAUAUUUAUGAAACUUUUUUGGAUGUUAUUUAUGUGAAAUUUUGUAUAUGGAAUGUGAAUACCCUUGUAGUGUGAAGUGUGAAUGUGUCAGCAAUGUCAAGAUGUGAUUAUAUAUUGAUAUUACAAACUAUAUCGACUUUUUUGUCUAUCAGAGAUGCAUUUUAUACAGCAAUGUGUGCAUAGUCACAAAAUUAUUUAUGUGUUAGGUAAACGAUCAUUGUAUAUGCAGACUGUAUUUCUAAAAGAUCUAGUAAUUUAUUGUACAUAGUCAAUGCGUAUAUUAUCUAAGGUUAGCUAAGCUUCUAACUGAUGAAAAUUGCAAUAAAUGUGUAAAAUUCUUAAUAAAGAUGAAAAAUAAU